CGCCCCCGCGAAGGCCUAUCUCCUAAAUCCGGCCGGGGCGGGAACGAGUCGUGAACCCCCCGACUCGAGGCGCGGCCCCCUCGCCGAGACCCGCGGGCCGGCGCAGCCCAAGGAAGAAAGGAACCAAGCGAAGCGAGCACCAUCGGCCACCCCACCCGCGGCGAAUAUUCGGACGAGGAAGCCGCGUGACCCGUUCCGGCUUCCCGUGGUCUCCCUUUACCCCCCGGCGAUCGAUCGAUGGCGGGGGAGGAGGCGGAGAGGUUAGCGGCGUCGGCGGCGGCGGCGUGGGGGGAGGCGGAGGAGGGGGAGGGGAAGCCGGGCGCGGGGGCCAAGAAGAGGAAGCGAUACGGGCUCGUCGAGUACCGGGCGCUGCCGGGCUACCUGCGGGACAACGAGUACAUCCACCGGCACUACCGCUGCGAGUGGCCGCUCCCGCAGGUGCUGCUCUCCGCCUUCUCCAUCCACAACGAGACCCUCAACGUCUGGACGCAUUUGAUUGGAUUUUUCAUCUUCCUAGCUCUGACCAUAUACACGGCAACUCAAGUUCCAAAUGUAGUAGACAUCCAGAGCCUACAGCAUUUGCCAGAUGUGCUGAGAAAUGCUGAUAUUCAUAAGAUUCAGGCAGAGCUUCUGUCAUGCCUUCCAUCAUUACCUCACCUUCCUGAUUUACAAAAUCUGAAGGAUGAGCUGAAGAGCUCGUGGAAUUCAAUGGAGGUUCUUCCAUCUCUGUCUCGUUGGCAUCUGUUGGAGUUACUCUCAAAUUGCCUGCCCCAAAGAUUUAGCCAUACCAAUGAAACAAGUUUGUCUGUUCUUCAAAGCAUGAAGGAGGAAAUAGCAAACAUGAUUGCACCACAGCUGAUUAGACCAAUUGCACGAUGGCCAUUCUACGCCUUCUUGGGAGGAGCCAUGUUUUGCCUUUUUGCCAGCAGCACUUGCCACCUUCUCUCCUGCCACUCUCGCCGCCUCGCAUACAUCAUGCUUCGACUUGAUUAUGCAGGCAUUGCUGCUCUUAUUGCAACAUCCUUCUACCCUCCAGUAUACUAUUCAUUCAUGUGUUACCCCUUCUUUUGCAACCUGUACCUGAGCUUCAUAACCAUCCUAGGGGUGGCAACUAUUGCGUUCUCUCUACUCCCAGUCUUCCAGAACCCAGAGUUCAGAACCAUCAGAGCGUGGCUCUUUUUCGGCAUGGGAGCAUCAGGUGUGAUCCCUGUUCUUCACAAGCUGGUCCUUUUCUGGCAUCAACCAGAGGCAUUGCACACGACCGGAUAUGAAGUUCUGAUGGGGCUCUUCUAUGGGCUGGGAGCACUGGUGUACGCAACCCGGGUCCCUGAGCGAUGGAUGCCUGGGAAGUUUGACAUUGCUGGGCACAGCCACCAGCUAUUCCACGUCUUGGUUGUCGCUGGAGCAUAUACACACUACCACGCAGGGCUCUUGUAUCUCAAGUGGAGAGACCUGCAAGGCUGCUGAAAGUUGGUGCGGCGUCAAGGCUGUGGAUAGAUAGUAGGUACUGAAGAUCGUGGUACAUUGUAAAUUGUAACAGUAAACAUGAAUAAGUGCUGCAAUGUAUCGGAUCGCAGUCAGUAAUCCAUAUUUAUGCUACUACCUAGCUGUUCCUGGUCGCGUGACCAAUGUGACAUCACUCCUUGUCAUUCUGGGAAGAUCACUCCUUGUGUCUGUAAUUCAUCUUUACAUC